AGCGGGCCUGCGCGCAAAACGGAGCUGGCCACCGGACCUGGAACUCAGAGAACUCCUCGCCCUAAGAUGACAGAAGAGAAGGUCACCAGUACGUUGGUUUUCGCUGUAUUCACCGCGGCCCUGGGGUCCUUUCAAUUUGGAUAUGACAUCGGCGUGAUUAAUGCUCCUCAGCAGGUGAUAAUUUCCCAUUAUAGACAGACUUUGGGUAUUCCCCUGGAUGACCGACAAGCUGUCAACAACUAUGUGGCCAACAGCACAGAGGGCCUGCACCUCCCGACCUCUGAGCCAGCUGAUGGGGCUGAGGAGGAUGCAGUGGCAUCUGCAAGCCUCAUCACCAUGCUCUGGUCUCUGUCUGUAUCCAGCUUUGCAGUUGGUGGCAUGAUUGCCUCAUUCUUUGGUGGGUUCCUUGGGGACAAGUUUGGAAGAGUCAAGGCCAUGUUGAUAGCAAAUAGCCUCUCAUUCGUUGGAGCUCUCUUGAUGGGGUUUUCGAAACUGGGACCAUCUCAUAUACUUAUAAUCGCGGGAAGAAGCAUAUCAGGACUCUACUGUGGGCUGAUUUCCGGCCUGGUUCCCAUGUACAUUGGUGAAAUUGCUCCAGUCUCUCUCAGGGGAGCACUUGGCACUCUGCAUCAGCUGGCUGUUGUCACAGGCAUUCUCGUGAGCCAGAUUGUCGGCCUGGACUUCAUCCUGGGCAAUCAUGAGCUGUGGCAUGUCCUCCUCGGCCUGUCCGCCGUGCGCGCAGUUCUCCAGUCACUGCUGCUCUUCUUCUGCCCAGAAAGCCCCCGGUAUCUGUACAUCAAGCUGGACGAGGAAGUCAAGGCAAAGAAUAGCUUGAAAAGGCUCAGAGGAUUUGAUGAUGUCACCAAAGACAUUAAUGAGAUGAGAAAAGAAAGGGAAGAGACAGCCAGUGAGCAGAAAGUCUCCAUCAAGCAGCUCUUCACCAACUCCAGCUACCGAAAGCCCCUGUGGGUGGGUCUGAUGCUGCAUGCGGCUCAGCAGUUUUCUGGAAUUAAUGGAAUAUUUUACUACUCAACCAGCAUUUUUCAGGAGGCUGGAAUCAGUCAACCUGUUUACGCAACUAUUGGGGUCGGUGCGGUCAACACAGUCUUCACUGCUGCCUCCGUGUUCCUGGUGGAGAAGGCGGGGCGCCGCUCGCUGUUCCUGGCUGGCCUGGGUGGCAUGUGCGUCUGUGCGGUCUUCAUGUCCCUGGGGCUCGUGCUGCUGGAGAAGUUCCCGUGGAUGAGCUACGUGAGCAUGGUGGCCAUCUUCCUCUUCGUUAGCUUCUUCGAAAUCGGGCCAGGCCCCAUCCCCUGGUUCAUGGUGGCCGAGUUCUUCAGCCAGGGCCCGCGCCCCGCCGCCUUAGCGAUCGCUGCCUUCAGCAACUGGUUCUGCAACUGCUUGGUUGCGCUGUGCUUCCCAUACCUGGUGGUGAGGCUGGGCUGCGGGCUUGGGGUUGGAGAUGAAACCACAGUGGCGUGCAUACGCGGCAGGACCGAGUCUAUUGAUGGAAAGAUUGAUAAGCAAAAGAGGGACAAGCCCUGGCAGUGGAGGGGGAUCCAAGAAGGGAUCCCACCCCACCCCCCAGUCUCAGGCUUCUGCUGCCUUUCCCAUCCUGUGGGCAGGGGACCUUGGGGAAAUAUGUCACAAUUGGGCCGAAGUCUGUGAGCAAAAAAUAAUUCCGAAAUAACCCUAAAAUUAGCACAGAAAUGCCGCCCUUGCAGUUUAAUGCAUUCUUGCAUUUUUGCCCAGCAAGGAAUUAGGGUGUGUGCCCCCAUUCCAGAAGGGGGGCCUGUUUGUGCCCAACUGGGGGGUCUGUGAGGACCCUGAUUGCUGAGCUCACCCCGGCCUAGAAAAUGGGGGUCCCUGCACCAGGGAACCUGUGUCGCUGACCCCACAGGGGCGGGCUCUGGGGCAGACAGGGCCAGGCAGCCACUGACCAGUCUCUGCUUUU